UUUUUGUUUAAUUUAUAUAGUUCUUUUUUUAUAUACAAUUUAUAUAGUUCUGUACAACUUAAGAACAUAACUAGAUUCAAAAUAAUAUUCAUUUCCUCAAUACCCAUUGUUAAUUAACAUGCAGUUAUUUAAGAAACACACCAAAGCACAAUUUUUUAUUAAUUUCAUUUUAGUCACAUCUUCAUUUUGUGGCUUUUAUGUCAUUAUAUCAUUGCUAAUACUAGGUAGUUCAAAUUCAAAGCUACUACAACAUUUGCAUCAUUCAUCAUCACAAGAUGUGUCAACAAUUUCAACCAACACCACUUUAGAUCACAUUGUGUUUGGAAUUGCUUCAAGCAAGAGUUCAUGGACAAAAAGAAAAGAUUAUGUGAAACUAUGGUGGAAAACCAACAAUGCAAUGAAAGGUUGUGUUUUUAUGGAUAGUAUUAGUAAUGAAGAUGACCCUUCUUCUCUUCCUCCUCUUUGUUUAUCUCGAGACACGUCGCGGUUUCGAUACACUUUUAAAGGUGGACUUCGAUCGGCGAUACGCGUGGCUCGAGUCGUUGUUGAGACAGUUGCUUUGAAUCAUUCAAAUGUGAGGUGGUAUGUGUUUGGUGAUGAUGACACAAUUUUCUUGCCAGAGAAUUUGGUUAAGACACUUUCUAAAUAUGAUCAUGAGCUUUGGUACUAUAUUGGUGCACACUCUGAGAUUUAUGAGCAGAAUAGGUUGUUUGGUUUUGGAAUGGCUUUUGGUGGUGCUGGUUUUGCUAUUAGUUCUUCUUUGGCUAAUGUUUUGGCUAAGGUUUUUGAUUCUUGUUUGGAAAGGUAUCAUCAUCUUUAUGGAAGUGAUGGUAGGGUGUACUCUUGUUUGGCUGAACUUGGUGUUGGAUUGACGCAUGAACCAGGUUUUCACCAGGUUGAUUUGAAUGGAAACACCUUUGGCCUAUUAGCUGCACAUCCAGUAACACCCUUAUUAUCUCUUCAUCACCCUGAUUACACAGAUCCAAUCUUUCCAAACAUGACAACAACACAAGCUCUCCAACAUUUAUUCAAAGCAGUAAAUGUUGAUUCUCAAAGAAUGUUGCAACAAACAAUUUGCUAUGACAAAUGGUUUUCAUGGACAAUUUCAGUUUCAUGGGGUUAUGCUGUUCAAGUAUUCCCUAGUCAUAUGUUUUUGCCAGAUGUUGUUAAUGUGCAAGAAACAUUCAAGCAGUGGAAACAAGGAAAUGUGUGGGCAAAAACAUAUACUUUUAAUACUAGACCACUUCACCAUGAUCCAUGUAAAAGAUCCACCAUCUUUUAUUUAGAUAAUGUGUCUUUUGGUGAGGAUGGAAUGAUAACAAGUUACUAUAAGAAAUCUUUUCAAAAUUGCUCAAAUGAAUUGGGUUCUCCAAAUAAACUAGAAGUCAUCAAAGUGGUCACUAAUAAGCUUGACCUUGACAUCAAACAGUUGCAGGCUCCAAGAAGGCAUUGUUGUGAUGUAUUGCCCUCUAGUGCUAGUGACCAACUGGAAAUUAGUGUUAGAGAAUGCAAAGAUGAAGAAUUGAUUUUUAUGCACUAAAGUGUUGCCUAUAAUGUGACCAAGUGUUGCUUCUUUUAAUACAAUAUAUAAUGUAUCAAGAGUCAUAUUUUGUCGAUGAGGUUGUAAAUGAUGAGAAAUUAUAGAUCAGUUUUUAAAUCAAACAUGGUAUAAUUAAAAUUGUGCCAUCUAAUCCUCUAUUUUU